UGUUCAUCAAUCUGAAGUCUGAAACCAGCUCAAACCAACCCCCCCAAAUAGUCUUUAGCUGUUUAAACUUUAGGAUUAUGGCAAGAGUCAUGAACUCUCUUAUGUCAUCGGUUUUCUUCAUUCCCUUGCUAUUAACAUCAAUUGAUGCAGAUAUCAACGUUGCAGAUUUCGGGGCCAAGGCAGAUGGGAAGACAGAUGCGAGCGAGGCAUUUCUUGCAGCAUGGGCUGCUGCUUGCAGCUCCACAAAGCCAACAACCAUUUAUCUACCAGCCAAGAAAUACUUCCUUGGUCCAGUCGUUUUCCGUGGACCAUGCAACAAUUCUCGGAUUACUCUUCAGAUGGAUGCAAUCCUGGUAGCUCCAGAUUAUCAAGAGAUGGCAUCUUCUGAAAACUGGAUCAUGUUCGAUGUCGUCGAUGGGUUGUCUGUCAUCGGAGGAUAUCUCGACGGCAGAGGCUCAAGCUUUUGGAAGUGCAAAGGCGUCUCCAAUAAUUGCUCUGCUGGUUCGACGUCACUCGCCAUCUACAGUUCGAAAAAUAUAGUAGUUCAGAAUUUGACGUCGAUCAACUCCAAACUAGGACACAUUCUUGUCCACACUUGCCGGGAUGUAGUGUUGCAAGGAGUUCGGAUUCGUGCUCCAGACCAAAGCCCACACACAGACGGCAUACAUGUGCAAAACUCCAUUAAUGUCAGCAUACUCAACGCAGGUAUCAAGACUGGUGAUGACUGUAUCUCCAUCGGCCAGGGAACGACGAACUUGUGGAUUGAACGUGUUGCCUGUGGGCCUGGACAUGGGAUAAGCAUAGGAAGUUUGGCCAAGGACCUGGAAGAAGAAGGUGUAGAGAACGUUGUAGUGCAGAGUGUGGUUUUCACUGGAACUCAAAAUGGAGUAAGGAUCAAAUCUUGGGGAAGGCCCAGUAAUGGGUAUGUGAAAGGAGUGGUGUUCAAGAAAGUUUUGAUGAAAAACGUCAACAAUCCAAUUGUUAUCGAUCAAAACUACUGCCCACGUAAUGAGAACUGUCCUUACCAGGACUCUGGUGUAGAGGUAAAUGGAGUCUCAUACAUAGAUAUUGAGGGAACAUCGGCUACUCAAGUUGCACUGAACUUCGACUGCAGUCCAACAUCUCCAUGCAAAGAGAUCAGCUUACAAGAUAUUAAUCUCACUUACCAGAAUAAGCCGGCACAGUCCUCCUGUCAGAAUGCAUUUGGAGUAGCUCGUGGUCAGAUCGUCCCACCAAGCUGUUUAUUAAAGUAA